CUUUCAAAUAUGCAACAUCUCUGUCUUCUACUUUGGGGGCUUUUUGUUUCCUCUUACUGUGGUUCCAGCGACUCGUUUUCCGUGACUCAGUUCCCGUCCACACUCGAGCUGAAGAAAGGAGCAGACCUUCAGAUCAGCUGCAGCUGGAACAUCAGCAUCUUCAGAGCUAAGGUGAAAUGGUUUAAAGACUUCCACCCGGUUAAAUUCAACCAGAGCGACAGAGAACCCAAAGGCGGUGUCUCGACGUUAGUUAUAAAAUCCUCUGAUGAAAACGACGCGGGGUUUUAUACGUGUGAAGUAACACAAGACGUUCCUCAGCUGCUGAAGAGAAACGGAACGGGGACAUAUGUCACGUAUCAGACAGAGGAUGAGCUGGUUACUACCAUCAGACCAGUUUCUACUGCCUCACCCAGUACACCAGAGCCAGUGACUGCAACCACCAAACCAGUUUCUGUGGCCUCAACCAGAACCCCACAUACGUUCUACAGAGGGCCUGCUAAAGAAGUUAAUGAAAACGGACCCAUCAUUUUUGCAAUCCGUUGUGUGCCCUUCAUCACUUUACUGCUGGCCGUCUGCUUUCUUAACAGCUACAAAACAAAUAAACCCCCAAAAAGAUCAGCAGGAAAGCAAGCCUUGGUGGUGGAGGAGAAUGAACAAAAUGGACAAGAACAUCGGGAACAAGACAGAAAAGAAGAAAAGAGAAAUAAACAGCUAGGACCGGAAAGAGGAGCGGAAACUGAAAAGGAAUUAACAGCAGAGGAAAGAGAAGUGAAUGAGAGGACUGAAACAGAACAGGGAAGAGAAGUGGAAGUGGUGAAUGAAAUAACGGGCAAGAAGGAGACUUGAGCAAGAAGACCUGGAUGAACAUGUUGAAUAGUUCUAGAAUAAGCUGAUUUAUGGAAGUCCUGCGCUACUUUUGUAAGCGAUCCGAGUACCGGUACUUCCGGUACCAGGUCUCAAAGUGGCCUUUUUUCCCAUAGACUCCCAUUAUAAACUUUGGAGGUUUAUAAUAGCUUUUGAACUGUCUACACCAAACUCGGCCAGCUCCUUUAGGGUGAUACUCUGAACAAAGGUUUAAAUUGGUGUACCGACUGGCCUUCGGGUUGUGCCGCAGCCCUGCCCCCAAAAUAUGCAAAAUCAAAAAACUUUUUACAACAUGGACAUGUGACAUAUCAAAACACUCAGAACAAUGAGGGGAACUUCCUCACGUGUAUUCUGUUGAUGUCACGUGAAAAUCAUCAAAAAUUAGCACAACAUGAACAUGUGACAUAUCAAAACAGUCAGCCCAAUGAGGGGAACUUCCUCAGGAGUAUUCAGAUGAUGUCACUUGCUCGUCUCCACUUGCCUCCAAAUGUUUUGGCACCCUAUCUUUCUGUCCACCUGCCUCCAAAAGAAACACUGACCCUUAUGUCCACUCGCCUCCAAAAAGCACCGGCCUUUGCAAAUACUUGCCUCGUCAAAGCCAACAUCAAAGUUUGUUGCGACAAACUUUACAAAUCUAGUUGCAACUGUAGUAUAACAGUUACAUAAUAGUAUAACACAUACAUAAUAAGUGUUGUUUCAUGGUCCAUCUUAAAAGUCAGCCGUCUGCCAACAACCCAAACUCCAACACGAAACUGUUCACAUCUCAGUCCAUGACAAAAAAUUGCAGUGCAGUGGUAGCCAACAGUCCGGUACAGAGUCCCUCUCUACAGCCUCAGUGAGGACCGACACAAGUGACGGUUCCCACCCUCUGAAUCCCUUCCACCCCGUCUUUCCCUCUAUACUGCUACCUCACUGACUUAAGGCCUGGGCAGCUGUCCUGAUGUUGUGCAGUCAGUGAUUCAGAUUCCUGACACAACACAAGCUUCCCUAAGUUAGGACAUACUACAUACUUGUCAGUAUUCUAGAGAACAUAACACACCUUGACAGAUUUGAUUCCAGGGUUCUCCCCAUAUGAAUUACGAACCGAUUGUAUGACU